UUCAUAUUCUUUUGAAAUCCCAAAACUGAAUAUACAAGCCACGCCCAAGGCUGGUAGUAAAAGUCAAAAGACAGUUUCCUACACACCUGAAAUUCCUGAGACUGAAAUGUCCACAAGACACACGCCCAAGAAUGGAAUAGAAAGCUCCAACUAUGCGACAAAUAUCUAA